AUGAAAAUUGGAGAAAAAAAUAGAAAAUAUGAAGAUGGGAAACUUUAUGUCAUCUACGACAAUAUUUAUGACACAUAUUUAAAGGAAAAUCGAAAGAAUUAUUUUACAAGAAUAUUGAGAUUUCCAAACCCAUCUAUAUUAAUAAUAAAAGCAUUGUGUGAACUUUAUAAUAUAACAGACAAAGUAGAAUAUGUUUCUUAUGAUUCGAAUUUUGAAGUAAUAAAAACGCAUAGUUAUUUUAAUGGGAAAAAAAAAAGUGUUUAUGAAACUUUGCAUAUUAUAUAUUCAAUGAGUAAGGAAACGAAAUCAGGCAUAUUAAAAAAUAAUUCCAAAGAUAAUGAUGCGUCCCAAAAUUUGGAUGAAAACAAAAAUAAAAGUGGAAAAUAUCCAGAAAAUGAUAUGAACUUGAGAGUAUAUUACAUUUUAAACGAAUUUAAUGAAGUGUAUGAAUAUUUUUUAUUUCUUUGUAAACAAAUUUAUGAUAAUUAUACUUAUAAUUUUUUUAUAAAUAGUAAUUACAAUAUAAUAAAAGGAUAUUUAAAAUUACUGUAUAUAAAAAGUUAUGUAUCUAAAAAAUUUAAUAAUAUUUCCUUUGAAACAAUUUUAAAUAAAUUUAUUAAAUUGUUAAAAUUGUUUAAUAAGUUAGAACAAAAUUGUACGCAAAUAGACUGCGUUGUUUUUUAUGUAUACUUUUAUGCAUUUUUAAAUAUCCCGAUCCAUCUAUAUCCUUGGAAUUGUGAUAAUAAUUUAAAUGAUACGUUAUACAGAAAAAUAUUAAAUAAUGGAAAUAUUAAUACAAUAAUUGAUAAAGUUAAAAGUAAUAAGCAAAUAUUUUUUUCCCAUAUUUUAAUCGGCACAAAUGAUGUAGAAAAAAAUUAUUAUGAAACCUAUGAUUUUAAUACGGCUAUAUUUCUUAGUAAUCAAAAGCAAUUUGGUACACUAAAUGAAUUUGUGAAAGACGAGGAGAAUAAAAAGAAAAAUGAAGAAGAAAAAGAAGAGAAAAAAAAGAAAAAAAAAACAGCUAAAUUAAAUACGGAUAAUAAAAAGUCCAUUGAUAAAGCACACAAAGAUAUUUCUUUUUAUGAGAAUACAGAGGACUAUAUUAUUAUAAACGAAUAUAACACAUUCAAAUAUAUAGGUUAUAACACAUUGAAACAAUUUUAUUUAUCACAUUUUUAUUAUUUAACAAUUUUAAAAAAAUGUUUUUUUAUUAAUGUUAAAAUGAAAACUAUUUACAAUUUUUUUAGUAAUAUAGCUAUUCGAAUAAUUGAUAUAGACAAAAUUUUCGAAAAAAUAUUAAAUUAA